GGUAACUUGAGCUGUCGCCAGCCGCCCGGGGCAGAUUUUAACCACUACUGUUGCUCGGCCCGGUCGCUGCGUGAGUCCGCCGCUCGUUCACCACGCGAGGACUCGACAGUCAACUCCAGUGUACACACACACACAAACAAAACAUCUGCUUUCUCCGCGAGCAAACUCCCCCGGGGACAAUGAACGGUAAGUCGUCGAACGGUUCGCCGGGUGGAAUGGCCUGUAUCGAGGGUCUCCCCCCGCUGCCGAAGAGCCUGAGCGGCUUGCUGAACUCGAGCGGCGGCUCCUGGAGGGACAUGGAGAGGAUGUACGUGAAGAAGACCAUGAUCCAGGACGACCUGAGCCGCGGCAGGAACAACACCGACAGCCUGCUGACCCACAAGCCGGCCAACCUCGACGCUGCUCUGGCUCUCCUGCGGAAAGAGAUGGUGGGUUUGCGUCAGCAGGACAUGUCGCUGCUGUGCCAGCUGUGGUCGCUCCACGAGUCCAUCCAGGAGUACAAGGGCAGCUGUCAGGACCUGAGCGCCGCCUCCAGCCUCAGCCUGAUUGAGAACGGCUACUUCGACGAGGAUGACGAGUACUACCCGGAGCCCGGCGCCACUCCCACCGACGAGCAGCCGGACGGAGAUACCGAGGGCGGCGCGGCAGCGAUGGCGGCGGCCAAGAACGGCAGCGGCAAGGACGACAGCUGGGACUCCUUUCACGUUAACAUCUGAGGCCUCGUCCUGUGGAUUUUUCUACGGAUGCGUACAUAUUUCGGGGGGGAGAAGGGGUGACAAAGACGUCUCUGGAAACCUUUGUGUUCUCCAAGAAGGAACUGGUUGGCUAGACGUAGCAGCUUAUGGUACGCCGUUACCAGACUCCAGCUUUCACUUCAGCUUCUCCUCAGGUGAAACACGCCCCUGCUGGUGCUGCAGAAGUGUUUUUUUGUGUGUGUGUGUGUGUUCUGUGUUGUUGUUUUUUGGCAGCGUGACCAGGAGCUUCAAUAGAGAUGGAUUGUGAUCCAGGACUCCGCUUACUAAACAUUGGGCAAUAUAUAUUAUUUCUUUUUAUAAAAAGCUCUGCUGCUGCUUCUAUAUCAAGUGAUUUCACUAGCCAGUCACCCCUUUUUCGGCAGGACUUUUUUUUUUUUACAUAUCCAAAAUAUAUGAACAAAGUUGUAUUAUUUAUUGUAUAAUAUAAAUCUCAAGAUAUUUGCUUUCCGUUACUCUCCAUGGAAGUUUUGAACUACAACUCUACCCAGGUGUAUGGGUACGUCAUCUACUGGUCUGGGGAUCCCAGAAACCAUGACUCUGCAAAUAGACGUUGUGAGAAUGUGUGUGUUUUUACUUUUAAGGUGGUGAAAUCCUUAAUUUCCAUAAAAGCAGACGGUCUGGACGGAGGUAGUCAGACCGCAAGACCAGCUCAAGAGGAGAAGACUGCUCCCAUUGUAAAGAUGCUCUCACAGGGUUCUACAUGCAGCAGAUAUGUGCUCUGAGAAUGUUUUAACCUGAACCUUUUAAAGCUUCUGGUGCUUCGACACAUCACAGGCAACUUUGAGGUCUGUUGUCAUAGUUACGGCCAUCAUUUCCAUCGAUGUUAACAUUGCGGAGUUAAUCCCGCAGAGAUGUGGAAGUCGUGAUGGAGGAAGUAACAUGAGCGCUUAGGUCUCCGUGUUCUCUCCAGGUAUAAUGUGCUUACUAGCUGCAAAAGUUAAGAAUAUUCAGGGGGAAAACAGAAUCAUUUUCCACAUAACCAGCUUUGAGACUGUUCUUCUUAACACGCUCUAUUGGAUACAUUUUGAAUUGAGAUGCUCUGAUUGGCCGGGUUCAAGUAGUCACACAAUUUACUCACCGUGACAUUGCCGUCAAGUAAACAAGCAUAAAUCUUUAGGACUCGUGAUGGCCAGCGAUAGGAAAAAGUUCUUUUGUUUGAACAAGUUUCCUUCCCUGCUCGCUGUGGCCUUCAACACCGAGCUGCAGGUCAACGCGUGGUAGCAGCUCUCUGCUGAUUACAGGGUACUUUAGAACAGAUCUCAACAGGAUCUCACACCAGGCAGAACAUUACCUCAGACACGUCAGAGACCGAUGUAAUGUGUACUAUUAGUGUUUAAAAUGUAGAGUUUACCAGACGAUACGGGUCGCUAACCAGACUGUAGCAGCAAGUGGUUUUAAUUCAUCUCCAUGGAUCUCUGCCGGCCACUUGAGGUGUUUUUCAUUGAAACGCUCCACAGAGGCAGCCCCCCCACCCAUUACGCCGCACCAUCUUUUUCUCUGACAUAAAGUUUAAAUAUUUCUGCUUCACAUCCGAACGGUCUUCCUUCAUCUCUUAAACUCCUCAGCGAAGAGUUUAGCUGAGCCUAAAGUGUGUCAGGUUUCCCUGAUAUGGUGUCUCCGUAGAUCAUGUGGCGCCACCUGUUUCUCGGCCGGUCCACUUUUCGCGUGCCAGUGGGACACAAACCAAAGAAAAGGGCUGCACUCAAGACAAAAUGUAUUUGGUUUGAGGGGCUGAAUAAGCCGUUAAUGAACUGCUCUGGAAUGGUUCAAAUGUACAGUACAUAGGAACAUGUGUCUUGAUUGUCUUUACAGUUCUUUUUCAUUGUGGUGACAGUUAUCGCCACUUAGUGACUGAAGUGAAAGUCUGUUUCUCCACGUUUGAUAAAAC